AUGGCCGGCGAGAAGAAGCCGAUGACCGCCUCCCCGGACGCCGCCCCCGCCAGCCCCCGGAGCGCCGCCCCUGGGCAGUUCGGGACGCCGAUCCGAGCGCCCGCCCCAGCAGCACCUGUCGUGGCGGCGGCGGCGGCGGCGGCGGCCGAGCGCGCUGCCCAGGAGGAGCAGCAGCAGAAGAAGGCGGUGGAGUUCAAGCAGAAGCACGCGGAGUUCUGGGCGGAGGCGGCGGCCCUGGCGGCGGAUCUCGGCGUCGACGUGAACUUCGUCGUCUUCCUCCCCGGCGGGCAGCUGGCCGUCAACGACGUCUUCCACGGCGACGUCGCCGGCGCUGCGGCCCGGCAGCGUGCGGCGGAGCUGAGGGAGGCGAGGAAGGCGAGGGAGCAGAUAACGAUGCUGGAGGAGGCCGAGGCGCAGCUGCCGGAGCUCAAAGCCGCCCUGGAGAGCCGGCGUCAGGAGCUCAUGGCGGCGGCGGCGAGCACCUCCGACGCCGAUGGGCCGGAUUAUUUUGCUGAAUUGUAG